AUGUUCUCAAACAACGAUGAAGCUGUGAUCAACAAAAAACUUCCCAAAGAGCUGCUGCUCCGAAUUUUCUCGUUCCUGGAUGUGGUUACUCUGUGUCGUUGUGCUCAAGUUUCCAGGGCUUGGAAUGUUCUGGCCCUGGAUGGCAGUAACUGGCAGCGAAUUGACCUGUUUGAUUUCCAGAGGGAUAUUGAGGGCCGGGUAGUUGAGAACAUUUCCAAGAGAUGUGGGGGUUUCCUGCGGAAGUUAAGCCUGCGGGGCUGCCUGGGAGUGGGAGACAAUGCAUUAAGGACAUUUGCACAGAACUGCAGAAACAUUGAAGUGUUGAACCUAAAUGGCUGCACCAAGAUCACAGAUACCACAUGUACCAGCCUCAGCAAGUCCUGCUCUAAACUCAGGCAUCUUGAUUUGGCCUCCUGCACUUCCAUAACCAACCUGUCCCUGAAAGCACUCAGUGAGGGAUGCCCACUGCUGGAGCAGCUGAACAUCUCCUGGUGUGACCAAGUGACCAAGGAUGGCAUCCAGGCCCUGGUGCGAGGCUGUGGGGGACUCAAGGCCCUGUUCCUGAAGGGCUGCACACAGCUUGAGGAUGAAGCUCUGAAAUACAUUGGUGCACAUUGUCCUGAACUGGUGACUUUAAACCUUCAAACGUGCUUACAAAUAACAGAUGAUGGUCUCAUUACAAUAUGCAGAGGAUGCCACAAGUUACAAUCCUUGUGUGCUUCAGGCUGCUCUAACAUUACAGAUGCCAUCCUGAACGCCCUGGGACAGAACUGCCCCAGGCUCAGAAUAUUAGAAGUUGCAAGGUGUUCUCAACUAACAGACGUGGGCUUCACCACCCUAGCUAGGAACUGCCAUGAGCUUGAAAAAAUGGACCUGGAGGAGUGUGUCCAGAUAACAGACAGUACACUAAUCCAGCUUUCCAUCCACUGUCCACGGCUCCAGGUUCUGAGCUUGUCCCACUGCGAGCUGAUCACGGAUGACGGGAUCCGCCACCUGGGGAACGGCGCCUGCGCCCACGACCGCCUGGAGGUGAUUGAGCUGGACAACUGCCCCCUGAUCACUGAUGCCUCCCUGGAGCACCUGAAGAGCUGCCACAGCCUGGAGAGGAUAGAACUGUACGACUGUCAGCAGAUCACACGGGCAGGGAUCAAGAGACUCAGGACCCACCUACCCAACAUUAAAGUCCACGCCUACUUCGCGCCGGUGACUCCUCCGCCCUCGGUGGGGGGCAGCAGGCAACGCUUCUGCAGAUGCUGCAUCAUCCUAUGA